AUGGUCUUGCUCUCUUGCAGUUGCACCUUUUCCCUUCUCGCGCUUUUUUGCAGCGCCAGCGGGUCCAACCUCUCCCUCAACCUGGAGGCGUACCUGCAGCAGAUCCUGCCCGCCGUCACCACUUGCGUCGUCGGCCGCAAGCUCUGCGCCGCGCGCGGCGACGACCACUGGUCACUCCGCGCCAUCGCCGCCGGAGUGAUGCACACUAUCGCCGCGCAGUACGGCGACCGCUUCACAGACUUGCAGCCGCGGCCCACUGGAGGCCACCCGCCCGCCGCGCUGCCACUCACCAAGACCUACCGCGACGCGCUCGAGGACCGAAAGAGGGCCCUCACCACCCACUUCGGCGCUCUGCUCGGCCUGCGCGAGUUCGGGCCGCACGCAGUGCACAAGCUGCUGCUGCCGAUGAUGCCCGCCUACCUGCAGCUGGUCCACGGCGUGAUGUCUGCGCCGCUCCCCGACGCCGCGCCCGCCGCUGCCCCUGCCGCCGCCGCCUCCGACAUCGUGCGAGAGAUGGCGCAAGAGCCGGGAGACGCCGCGCCCGCGUCCGCCGCGAGCGAGUCUACGCCCGCGCCGUCCGCGUCGCCCGCCGCCCCGCCCAAGCGUGCGCGGCUCGUCCGGCAGAUGGAGGCGCCGCGUGUGUCCGCCUCUCGGAGUGAGCACGCAACGAGUCAUCGGCAAGAGCGGAUGGUACAGGCGCUGCGAGUCUACGACGCCGCCCUCGCCACCUGCGGCGCCUACCUCUUCCGGCACGGCCACUACUUCGCUGCGCCCGGCGCCGCCCGCGGCAGCGCCGCGACGGGCGGCGCCGCCCCGCCCGCGCUGCUCCCGCGACUCGCGACGAGCUACGAGACGCUGUCUGCCGAGUUUGGGCCGCCGCAGCUCGCCGAGCCGGCGCUGCUCGCCUACUCGCGCGUCGUCGAGCCGGCGUGGGACAAGCACGCGCGGCGUAGCUUGCAGGGCGCUUUCCUCUGACCACCGACAGUCCGACAGCUUUGCGCUCGUCCGUACGCCCGACGCUUCCCGAGCCCGCGGCUUGUUGCUCAGCGCCCCCAUGAUUGCCAUGAAUAGUAGAAAAUUGUGCGGCUG